AUGCUGAACGUCACCACCGCCGACAGGGCUGUGGACCUCAUAGACAUCUGUGAGUCGAUCCUGGAAAGGAAGAGACAUGACAGUGAACGAUCCUCCUGCAGCACCCUGGAGCAGAAUGACUUUGAGGCAGUGGAAGCUCUAGUGUGUAUGAGCUCCUGGGGUCAGCGAAGUCACAAAGGAGAAGCGCUGAAAAUGAGGCCACUGACUCCAGCUUCUGAUUCCUCUGAUUGCCUAAUGCAGUACGAGUCCUCCCGAUCCAUAAUGAACGAUUUCCACUCACUCUCCACCCUGUGCAUGACUCCUCCACACAGUCCAGAAUUUACUGAGCCUUGUACAACACUCCCUCCUGCCUGCCAAGUGACAUAUUCCAAGCCAGUGACUGUCCUGUCCAGCAGUUCUCCUUGUUCUGUGUCUUCUUCUAAUGCGUCCAAGCCUUUUAUACCAACAGUCCACAGCUUGUCCUUGCCGAGGUCUGACAUGUCAGAGAGGUCACAGCCUUGCAGGGCAAUGGUCACAAGUGUCAUACGUCACACAGCUGACACAUCUGCCUUUCACCACCUCCCCCAGUCCCCACCUAAAGCACCAACAGCUGAAGCCGUAUUCUCCCAAAACUGUGAUCGCAAACAUUCCAAGCUCACCAAAGAGACUCCUGUCCAAGAGGACCUGUCCAGAAGCAACUCCCCUGUGUACCUUCCACAGACUGAAAUUCCCUGUGCAAAUGCUAACAUGGGGAGCCAACAAACGGCAAGUGUACAGACACGGGAGCCAGUGAAAUGUGAAAAUGAACACUCAAAUGAGAACAAUCCGUUGGUUUCCGUUGCUGCUUCUAGUUCCCCUGUUCUCUGCCAGAUGAUUCCAGUAAACGGACAAGCUGGUGUUAUCUCAGCUUUUAUCAAGCCACCUUCUCAACCCAUGUGCAAUACCAUUAAACCCAUUUUGCCCCAGACCACCUCCCUUUCACAGCCAGUCCUUAUGGGCACACCAAUGUCUCCAGGGACUGUUAUGUUUGUCCUUCCUCAAGCAUCUGUCACCCAGCCACCUCAGCAGUGUCCACAGACUCUAAUGACAGUUGGAAACACAAAGUUAUUGCCUCUUGCCCCCGCUCCUGUAUUUAUUACUUCUGGGCAGACCAGCCCCCCACAAAUGGACUUUUCCCGAAGGCGCAAUUACGUCUGCAAUUUCACUGGGUGUAGGAAGACGUACUUCAAAAGUUCCCACCUCAAAGCACACCUUCGAACCCACACAGGAGAAAAACCUUUCAGCUGUAACUGGGAGGGAUGUGAUAAAAAGUUUGCCAGAUCAGACGAACUCUCUCGACACCGCAGAACCCACACAGGCGAGAAGAAAUUUGCCUGUCCUUUGUGCGACCGACGAUUCAUGCGCAGCGAUCACCUGACCAAGCAUGCCCGACGACACAUGACCACAAAAAAAGUUCCCUCCUGGCAGGCAGAGGUCGGAAAGCUAAACAGAAUAACGACAUCCGAGCAGACAAGAAAUCCGGGACCAUCUUUAAGUAUGCUGGUGUCCAUGUCUCCCCCAGUAUAA